GGGAGAAGGAGGAGGAGGAGGAAGAAGAAGCAGCGAUUUGUCUUCUCGGCUGGUCUCCCCCUGGCUCUACAUGUUCACUGCACUAAGGAGGAGACGGAAGAGGAGCCUCUGCCGCCCCCCCUCCCGGCCCGGAUUAUAGGCUCACCACAGCCGCCUCGGCCUCGGCCUCCCCACGGAUUCAAACGCUGAUUCGCCCAGUGUUUGGGAGAUGGGAAGUAAUGAUAGCUGGCACCUAAGCUAAAGUACUUGUAUAGACAACACCAUCCCAAAAUUUCAGGAUGAAUGGGGAUAUGCCUCAUGUUCCCAUCACUACUCUUGCGGGGAUUGCUAGUCUCACAGACCUCUUGAAUCAGUUGCCUCUUCCAUCUCCUUUACCUGCUACAACUACAAAGAGCCUUCUGUUUAAUGGACGAAUAGCAGAAGAGGUAAACUGUCUUUUGGCCUGUAGGGAUGAAAAUUUGGUUUCACAGCUUGUUCACACUCUCAACCAGGUGUCAACAGAUCACAUAGAGUUGAAAGAUAAUCUUGGUAGUGAUGAUCCAGAAGGAGACAUACCAGUCUUGCUGCAGUCUGUCCUGGCAAGGAAUCCUAAUGUUUUCAGGGAGAAAAGCAUGCAGAACAGAUACGUACAGAGUGGAAUGAUGAUGUCCCAGUAUAAACUUUCUCAAAAUUCCAUGCACAGUAGUCCUGCAUCUUCCAAUUAUCAACAAACCACUAUCUCACAUAGCCCUUCCAGCCGAUUUGUGCCCCCACAGACAAGCUCUGGGAACAGAUAUAUGGCACAACCAAACAGCCCAGUGCCUAGUCCAUAUGCCCCACAGAGCCCUGCAGGAUACAUGCCAUACUCACAUCCUCCAAGUUACACACCACAUCCACAGAUGCAGCAAGCAUCAGUAUCAAGUCCCAUUGUCCCAAGUGGGCUGAGAAACAUGCAUGAUAAUAAAGUUUCUGGUCAGUUGUCUGGCAAUUCAGCUAAUCAUCAUGCUGAUAAUCCUAGACAUGGCUCAAGUGACGACUACCUACACAUGGUGCACAGGCUAAGUAGUGAUGAUGGAGAUUCUUCUACAAUGAGGAAUGCUGCAUCAUUUCCUUUGAGGUCUCCACAGCCAGUGUGCUCCCCAGCUGGAAGUGAUGGAACUCCCAAAGGAUCAAGACCACCGUUAAUCCUACAAUCUCAACCUCCACCCUAUUCAUCACCUAGAGAUGUUCCACCCGACAUAUUAUUAGAUUCACCAGAAAGAAAACAGAAGAAACAAAAGAAAAUGAAGUUAGGAAAAGAUGAAAAAGAUCAGAGUGAAAAAGCUGCAAUGUAUGAUAUCAUUAGUUCUCCAUCUAAGGACUCUACUAAACUUACAUUAAGACUUUCUCGCGUAAGAUCUUCAGAUAUGGACCAGCAGGAAGAUAUGCUUUCUGGUAUAGAAAAUAGCAAUGUAUCAGAGAGUGAUAUUCCUUUUAAUGUGCAGUACCCAGGACAAACUUCAAAAACACCCAUUACACCACAGGAUGUAAACCGCCCGCUAAAUGCUGCUCAGUGUUUGCCGCAGCAUGAACAGACAGCAUUCCUUCAGGCACAACAAGUGCCUGUUUUACAACAGAACACUUCAGUGACUGCAAAACAACCUCAGACUUCUGUGGUACAGUCUCAACAACAAGCACCACAACAAGGAACGCUAUAUGAUGAAGUAGAAUUGGAUGCAUUGGCUGAAAUCGAGAGGAUAGAACGCGAAUCAGCUAUUGAAAGAGAACGUUUUUCAAAGGAAGUUCAAGAUAAAGAUAAGCCUUUGAAAAAAAGAAAACAAGAUUCUUACCCACAGGAGGCUGGGGGUGCUACUGGAGGUAAUAGACCAGCUUCUCAGGAGACAGGUUCUACAGGCAAUGGGUCAAGGCCAGCAUUAAUGGUUAGCAUUGAUCUUCAUCAGGCAGGACGAGUAGAGUCUCAGGCAUCUGUAACUCAGGAUUCAGACACCAUUAAAAAGCCUGAAGAAAGCAAACAGUGUAAUGAUGGGGCUGUUUCUAUUCAUCAAGAAGAUAUUGGGGUUCUUAAACAAAAACCUGAAAACCAUCCUGAGACCCCUAGGAAAAAGUCUGAUUCUGAGAGUGUAAAGACUGAAAUGAAGCAAAAUGAAAACAAACUGAUGGAAUCUAAACCAAAUGAAAACCGAUUAUUGGAGACAAAAUUGAAUGAGAAUAGACCAAUAGCAGAAACUAAACAGAAUGAGAACAGACCAGCAGCAGAAACUAAACAGAAUGAAAGCAAAUUGGUGGCAGAAACAAAGCAGACUGAGAGCAGACCAGUGCCAGAAGUUAAGCAGACUGAGAGCAGAUCUCUCAUAGAAGCCAAGCAUAAUGAAAGUAAACCAGAAGCUAAACCCAAUGAGAACAGACCAGCAUCAGUGGAAGUGAAGCAGAAUGAGAGCAGGUCAACAGAAGCAAAGCAGACUGAAAGUAGACCAGUGACAGAAGUUAAACAGCCUGAGAGCAAACCAACAGCAGACGCUAAACAAAAUGAGAGUAAGGCUGCAGAAAUUAAACAGAAUGAAAAUAGAAUAGAAACUAAACAAAAUGAGAGCAAAAUAGCAGAAUCAAAACAAAACGAGAACAAAACCACAGACACAAAAUCAAAUGAGAAUAAACAAAAUAAUGGCAAACAGGAAACAACCAAGCUGAGACCUGAAACUCCCAAGCAAAAAACCGAGGGCCGACCUGAAACUCCCAAGCAAAAAGCUGAGGGCCGACCUGAAACUCCCAAACAGAAAAGUGAUGGUCGCCCUGAAACCCCCAAGCAAAAGGGUGAUGGCCGCCCUGAAACCCCCAAGCAGAAGGGUGAUGGCCGCCCUGAAACUCCAAGACAUAGACAUGAGAGAAGAGAUUCUGGAAAGACAUCUGCAGAAAAGAAACCUGAAACAAGACAUAAACAGGAUGCUAAAUCUGAUUCUCCUCGAUUAAAAUCUGAGAGAUCAGAAACCUUAAAGCAAAGGCCAGAUGGACGAUCUGUUUCUGAGUCACUAAAGCGUGACCAUGAUAAUAAACAGAAAUCGGAGGAUAGGACUGAAUCAGAGAGACAUCGAGGAGAUCAAUCCAGAAUUCGAAGACCAGAUACAUUAAGAUCCUCUAACAGAAAUGAACACGAUCCCAAACAUGGCGUUAAAUCUGACGGUUCAAAAACAGAUAAACUAGAAAGAAAACACAGACAUGAAUCUGGGGAAUCCAGGGAAAGACUGUCUUCUGGGGAACAGAAAUCAAGACCUGAUAGUCCUCGUGUUAAAGAGAGUAGAGGUGAUACUAGUAAAACAAGAUCUGAUAGAUCUGGUUUUAAAUCGCCAAAUAGUAAAGAUGAUCGGAGGACAGAUGGUAAUAAAAGUAAAGUAGAUAGUAAUAAAGCACACCCUGAAAAUAAAGCCGAUUUUCCCAGUUAUUUGUUGGGGGGCAGAUCUGGUGCAUUGAAAAAUUUUGUCAUUCCAAAAAUCAAGAGAGAUAAAGAUGGCAAUGUUACUCAGGAGACAAGGAAAAUGGAACUUAAGGGAGAACAGAGAGACAAAAUUGAAAAAUUGGGACUAGUAGAAGAUUUAAAUAAAGGAGCUAAACCUGUAGUUGUCCUGCAGAAGCUGUCUUUGGAUGAUGUUCAGAAAUUAAUUAAGGAUAGAGAGGACAGAUCAAGAAGUUCUCUUAAAGCUAGCAAGAAUAAGCCAUCCAAAUCAAAUAAAGGUAGUAUAGAUCAGUCAGUGUUAAAAGAAUUACCCCCUGAGCUCCUGGCAGAAAUUGAAUCUACUAUGCCACUUUGUGAACGUGUGAAAAUGAACAAGCGCAAACGUAGCACAGUUAAUGAAAAGCCAAAAUAUGCUGAAAUCAGUUCGGAUGAAGACAAUGACAGUGAAGAUGCUUUUGAAUCUUCUCGGAAACGACAUAAGAAGGACAAAGAUGAUGAUAAAGCUUGGGAAUAUGAAGAGCGUGACAGACGAAGCUCUGGGGAUCAUAGGAGAAGUGGCCAUUCUCAUGAAGGCAGGAGGAGUUCCGGUGGUGGCCGUUAUCGAAAUCGGAGCCCAUCAGAUUCAGACAUGGAAGAUUAUUCUCCUCCUCCCAGCCUUAGUGAGGUUGCUAGAAAAAUGAAGAAAAGAGAAAAGCAAAAGAAGCGGAAAGCUUAUGAACCAAAACUAACACCUGAAGAAAUGAUGGAUUCUUCUACUUUUAAAAGAUUUACUGCUUCGAUAGAAAAUAUCUUAGAAAAUCUUGAAGACAUGGAUUUUACAGCAUUUGGUGAUGAUGAAGAGAUUCCUCAGGAACUGCUAUUGGGAAAACAUCAACUUAGUGAAUUGGGCAGUGAAUCUGCUAAAAUUAAAGCAAUGGGAAUAAUGGAUAAGCUUGCUACAGAUAAGACAGUAAAAGUUCUAAACAUUUUGGAGAAGAAUAUUCAGGAUGGGUCCAAACUUUCUACAUUGCUAAAUCAUAAUAAUGACACUGAAGAAGAAGAACGUCUGUGGAGAGACCUAAUUAUGGAAAGAGUUACAAAAUCAGCAGAUGCUUGUCUUACUGCCAUCAACAUUAUGACAUCACCUAACAUGCCAAAAGCUGUAUAUAUUGAGGAUGUAAUAGAAAGAGUUAUACAAUACACUAAAUUUCACUUACAAAAUACUCUUUAUCCUCAGUAUGAUCCUGUUUACAGAGUGGAUCCUCAUGGCGGAGGCGUAUUAACCUCAAAGGCAAAACGUGCCAAGUGUUCCACUCACAAGCAGAGAGUAAUCGUAAUGCUUUAUAACAAAGUUUGUGAUAUCGUUAGCAGCUUGGCAGAGCUUUUGGAGAUACAACUGCUGACUGAUACAACAAUUCUUCAGAUAUCAUCAAUGGGAAUAACACCAUUUUUUGUAGAAAAUGUCAGUGAACUCCAGUUAUGUGCCAUCAAAUUAGUCACUGCAGUAUUCUCAAGGUAUGAAAAACAUAGGCAGUUGAUUUUGGAAGAAAUUUUCACUUCACUUGCAAGAUUACCAACCAGCAAGAGGAGUCUAAGGAAUUUCAGAUUGAAUAGUAGUGAUAUGGACGGCGAGCCUAUGUAUAUUCAGAUGGUGACUGCUCUGGUUUUACAACUUAUUCAAUGUGUAGUACAUCUACCAUCAGCAGAGAAAGAUUCUAAUUCAGAAGAGGAAUCAAACAAAAAAGUGGAUCAGGAUGUUGUCAUUACUAAUUCUUAUGAGACAGCUAUGCGAACAGCACAGAAUUUCCUCUCCAUCUUCCUUAAAAAAUGUGGGAGUAAGCAAGGUGAAGAAGAUUACAGACCACUCUUUGAAAAUUUUGUUCAAGAUCUUCUUUCUACAGUCAAUAAGCCAGAAUGGCCAGCUGCUGAGUUAUUACUUAGUUUGUUAGGGAGACUUUUGGUUCAUCAGUUCAGCAAUAAGUCAACAGAGAUGGCUUUAAGAGUGGCAUCUCUUGAUUAUCUUGGAACAGUAGCUGCACGAUUGAGAAAAGAUGCUGUGACAAGCAAAAUGGAUCAAGGAUCUAUUGCCCGAAUUUUAAAACAGGUUACAGGAGGAGAAGAUGAAAUUCAACAAUUGCAAAAGGCAUUGCUAGAUUACUUGGAUGAAAACACUGAGACUGAUCCUUCAUUAGUGUUUUCUCGUAAGUUUUACAUAGCUCAAUGGUUUCGGGACACAACUUUGGAGACAGAAAAAGCAAUGAAAUCACAGAAAGAUGAGGAUUCAUCAGAGGGGACACAUCAUGCAAAAGAAGUCGAAACAACUGGUCAAAUUAUGCAUCGAGCUGAAAGUCGGAAAAAAUUUCUUCGAAGCAUUAUUAAAACCACACCUUCUCAGUUCAGUACAUUAAAAAUGAAUUCUGAUACUGUGGAUUAUGAAGAUGCUUGCUUGAUUGUAAGAUACUUGGCCUCUAUGAGGCCGUUUGCCCAGAGCUUCGAUAUUUAUUUGACACAGAUACUACGAGUACUUGGUGAAAAUGCAAUAGCUGUUCGAACAAAAGCCAUGAAGUGUUUAUCUGAGGUUGUUGCUGUAGAUCCCAGCAUUUUAGCAAGGUUGGAUAUGCAGCGAGGUGUCCAUGGAAGAUUAAUGGAUAAUUCCACUAGUGUCCGUGAGGCAGCAGUAGAAUUAUUAGGUCGGUUUGUCCUCUGUCGACCUCAGCUUGCUGAACAGUAUUAUGACAUGCUGAUUGAAAGAAUAUUGGAUACUGGUAUCAGUGUCAGGAAAAGAGUAAUAAAGAUUCUGAGGGAUAUAUGUAUUGAGCAACCAACAUUUCCCAAAAUCACAGAGAUGUGUGUGAAAAUGAUCCGCAGAGUAAAUGAUGAAGAGGGCAUUAAGAAACUAGUAAAUGAAACAUUCCAGAAACUCUGGUUUACUCCAACUCCUCAUCAUGACAAAGAAGCAAUGACCAGGAAGAUUUUAAAUAUCACCGAUGUGGUUGCAGCUUGUAGAGAUACUGGAUAUGACUGGUUUGAACAACUUCUUCAAAAUCUUUUGAAGUCAGAAGAAGAUGCUUCUUAUAAACCUGUGAAAAAAGCUUGUACUCAGCUUGUUGAUAACUUAGUUGAGCAUAUCCUUAAAUAUGAGGAAUCUCUAGCUGAUUCUGACAAUAAGGGAGUGAAUUCUGGUCGAUUGGUAGCUUGCAUAACCACUUUGUUCUUAUUCAGCAAAAUCAGACCCCAGCUAAUGGUCAAACAUGCCAUGACCAUGCAACCAUACCUUACCACUAAAUGUAGCACACAAAAUGAUUUCAUGGUCAUUUGCAAUGUUGCAAAAAUCUUAGAAUUAGUAGUGCCAUUGAUGGAACAUCCAAGUGAAACUUUUCUUGCUACCAUUGAGGAAGAUCUAAUGAAACUUAUCAUCAAAUAUGGCAUGACAGUAGUGCAACAUUGUGUGAGCUGUCUUGGGGCUGUUGUAAAUAAAGUCACACAAAAUUAUAAAUUUGUGUGGGCAUGUUUCAAUAGAUACUAUGGUGCACUUUCAAAAUUAAAAAUUCAGCAUCAAGAAGACUCAAACAGCACCGUACUUACAACAAAUAAACCAGCACUGCUUAGAUCCCUUUUUACUGUUGGAGCACUGUGUCGCCAUUUUGAUUUUGAUCAAGAAGAUUUUAAAGGCAGCAGUAAGGUUAACAUAAAGGAUAAAGUACUUGAACUCCUGAUGUAUUUUACAAAACAUUCAGAUGAAGAAGUACAAACCAAAGCCAUUAUUGGUCUAGGAUUUGCAUUUAUUCAGCAUCCAAGUUUAAUGUUUGAGCAAGAGGUAAAGAAUCUAUAUAACAGCAUUCUAGCUGAUAAGAACAGCUCAGUAAAUUUAAAAAUCCAAGUGUUAAAAAAUCUCCAAACCUACCUGCAAGAAGAAGAUACACGUAUGCAACAGGCAGAUAAAGACUGGAAGAAAGUAGCAAAACAGGAAGAUCUAAAAGAAAUGGGUGAUGUGUCCUCAGGGAUGAGUAGUUCCAUCAUGCAGCUUUACCUCAAACAAGUUCUUGAGGCUUUCUUUCACACCCAAUCAAGUGUGCGUCACUUUGCCCUAAAUGUGAUCGCAUUAACCCUCAACCAGGGUCUCAUUCAUCCAGUUCAGUGUGUGCCAUAUUUAAUUGCCAUGGGCACCGAUCCUGAGCCUGCUAUGCGGAAUAAAGCUGACCAACAGCUUGUGGAAAUAGACAAAAAAUAUGCUGGAUUCAUUCAUAUGAAAGCUGUGGCUGGUAUGAAGAUGUCUUACCAAGUUCAACAAGCAAUCAACACAUCCCCAAAAGAUGCAGUUAGGGGUUUCAGACAAGAUGAAUCCUCUAGUGCUUUGUGUUCACAUCUUUACUCCAUGAUCCGAGGAAAUCGCCAACACAGACGAGCCUUUCUAAUUGCUUUACUCAAUCUCUUUGAUGACACAGCAAAAACAGAAGUGAAUAUGCUCUUGUAUAUAGCAGACAAUCUAGCCUGUUUCCCUUACCAGACACAGGAAGAACCAUUGUUUAUAAUGCAUCAUAUAGAUAUUACACUCUCAGUUUCUGGCAGUAACCUCCUGCAGUCAUUUAAGGAGUCUAUGGUGAAAGACAAGAGGAAAGAGAAAAAACCUUCGCCAAACCGGGAAAGUGCAUCUGGAAGUGAUAGUGAAGAAGAAGUUUCCAAACCUCGAAAGUCACGUAAACGAGUUGAUUCUGAUUCAGAUUCAGAUGAAGAAGAUGACAUAAAUGCUGUGAUGAAAUGUUUACCAGACAAUUCAAGUCCUUUAAUUGAGUUUGCAAAUGUUUCCCAGGGUAUUUUAUUACUUCUGAUGUUAAAACAACAUUUGAAGAACCUUUGUGGAUUCUCUGAUAGUAAAAUUCAGAAGUAUUCUCCAUCUGAAUCUGCAAAAGUAUAUGAUAAAGCGAUAAAUCGGAAAACAGGCAUCCAUUUUCAUCCUAAACAAACCUUAGACUUCCUGCGGAGUGAUAUGUCUAAUUCCAAAAUUACAGAAGAUGUGAAGAGGAGUAUAGUUAAACAAUAUCUAGAUUUCAAGCUCCUCAUGGAACAUUUGGAUCCUGAUGAAGAAGAAGAAGAAGGGGAGGUGUCAGCUAGCACAAAUGCCCGGAACAAAGCAAUUACCUCACUGCUUGGAGGAGGCAGCCCUAAAAAUAAUGCAGCUGAGACAGAAGAUGAUGAAAGUGAUGGGGAGGAUAGAGGAGGAGGCACUUCAGGGUCAUUGAGAAGGUCAAAACGAAAUUCAGACUCUACAGAGUUGGCAGCACAGAUGAAUGAAAGUGUUGAUGUCAUGGAUGUCAUCGCUAUUUGCUGUCCAAAGUACAAAGAUCGACCACAAAUUGCAAGAGUAGUACAGAAAACCAGCAAUGGCUUCAGUGUUCAGUGGAUGGCAGGUUCCUACAGUGGCUCCUGGACUGAGGCUAAACGCCGUGAUGGUCGCAAACUGGUGCCUUGGGUAGACACUAUUAAAGAGUCAGACAUUAUUUACAAAAAAAUUGCUCUAACGAGUGCUAAUAAGCUGACUAAUAAAGUUGUUCAGACUUUACGAUCGCUGUAUGCCGCCAAGGAUGGGACUUCCAGCUAAUGAAUUUCAUGUACAUGCAGCCAAAUUACAGGAAUUUUAAAUGAAAGGCAGAGAAACUUGAAAUAUCAACAUUCUGGCAAAAAAAAAAAAUCAGUUUUAUGAAGAGUAAGAAUGGAACCUGGGACGCAGGAAAAAAGAAGGAAAUGUUUGGUAAACAUUUUUGUGGGAGCUUCCUUCGCUGUUGUGCAGCAGAAACUUCUCAGUUCAUUUUUACUCCCACUGUAUUAUAGUUUAACAAAAAUUGUUUAUAUCUUGAAAAAAACUUUCUGUUUAAUAAAAUAAACAAGUGAAUGUUGGAAAUUAGUCUGUUAAUGUUCUUAAUAAAGUGUUCUUGGAGUUUAACCUAGCAGCGGAUGGCUUUCUUUAGCUUAGCCCAGUUUCCAGGGAAACAUUGUUUUUUCCAGGCUGUAAAAUGGCAGAAUUCCCUGGAUAUAUAAUUUAUUCUGUUGAAAAAAAAAAAAAAGCAUGCAGUAUCUAUGACCUAUCUGCAGGAGGAGUUUUUGUAAAUGUAGAUUUUGAUGUAUUAGGUCACCCUGAAAUAAUACAAGAAAAGGGAUCCCCAGGCAAUCUGGUGGAACGAAUACUGCAAUAAAUUUUUUUACUUCUCUUUGUUA